AUCAUAACUAACAUCAACCAAAAAUGGAAUUCACCAAGCUCGUUUUGCUAGCCAUCUGCUCCAUCGUCUUAAUCUCAGUUCAUAUUUCUCCGGCCAAUGCUGAUGAUCCAUUGGCAGCUGAGUUUGUCGAAUUACACAACAAAUACCGUGCAAUGGACAAUGUUGGUCCGGUUACAUGGGACGAAACAGUCGCAGACUACGCUAGAAACUAUGCCAACACAAAAAUUGAGACUUGUGAAAUGGUGCAUUCCCAUGGACAAUACGGAGAAUGCUUAGCCAUGGGAAGCUAUGACGUUCAACCGGAGGAGGCGGUGAAGAUGUGGGCCGACGAGAAGCAAUUCUAUGACCAUGCCGCCAAUACUUGUGCUCCCGGCCAGGUUUGCGGCCACUAUACUCAAGUGGUCUGGGCAAAUUCAACUAAAAUUGGUUGUGCUAAGGUUCGUUGCGCCAAUGGAGGUACUUUUAUCAUCUGCAACUACGAUCCUCCUGGUAACUAUGUUGGCGAGAAACCUUUCUAGACAACAAUUCGUUUGCGAUAGGAUACCAAUUUUUUUGUUGAGCUUUGAAACGAGAGGACACAUUUGUCCUCCUUUCAAAUACAUAUAAUUGUCGACUGUUAAUAAUGUAAUCAGUAUUGAUUGAUCCUGAAGAAAAAGAAAUAAUACAUUUGACCCGAAUUAUG